UUCAAUUUGAACAGCCCGACUGAUAGGUUGAACGCGAAAUUGGCAAGUUAAACGAGUGCAGAUCUUUCUCGUUAAUAAAGUUGUUGAUUAUUUUGUUCAAGGAAAAAUUUAAAAAAGAUACAAAAAUUAUUCUCAUACCGUAUAAAUAUACUUGUGUAAUAAAUUAGAGAUUGAUUUUUUUCUAUAGAUAAAAAUAAUAAUUAAUUAAUAAGAUCUUUGUUUCUAACAUUGAAUAAUAAUAAAAAUAUGCAAAAACAUAUACGGAAAAUAUGUUUAGCGGUAAGUGUGUUAUUGUGCGUUGCAGUGAAUGUAUCACAAGCAAGCUCAAGCAUACGCACAUCUUCCGGAUUAGACAAUAGUGCAAGUGAAGUUCUUGAUAAUGAAAUUUCGCGCCCUCCAGAUAGUUCUCCAUAUUUGUAUGGACGAAUUCUACGCAAUGAUGAAUUUGAACGAUUUUCUAAAAGUGUUAAGCUUGUUCAAAACGAACGUUGUAUGAUGGAUUUGAAUGCAACAUUAUGGGGAGUAGUUCGAGGGGAGCAAUGGGCAGUUUCUAUGUAUGAUGCAUCAGCCAAAGGAUUAUCAGGCGUUGAAAACGGUUUGGUUUAUCAAUUUGGACAUUACGAUCAAUGCAUUGAACUCAAUAAACAUGUAGAAGUUGAAUUGGGUUAUAAUAUUCCAAUCAGGUCUAAAUAUUGUUUAGCUGAUGUUAAAAUGGAUGGUCUUAAGAUACAAAAACUAGGCUCAAGAAAAAUUCGGACUGAAAAUUCAACUAUUGUCCAUUGGGGAACAUGUAUUCCAGCUUCGUGUAAUGCCAAAGAUGUACAAAUAUUUUUAGAAAAUUAUCUUCAAAAAUCUGUAACUGUUGAUGAAAAAAUGUGCCAAAUAGAAAAAAGCGAGAUUAUUGUGACCAAAGAAAUGAUGAUUUAUGCAUCCGUGGUGAUGUUCUUUUUAACGCUGACUAUUUUUAGUACCACUUAUCAUGUCUAUCAACUCUAUGCUAAUAGAAACGAACACAAAAGACAAAGAAUCGAUGUGGCCUUAAAAGCAUUUUCAAUUAUAGAAAAUCUGAAAAAGUUAGGUCAAAACGGCAAAGAGCAAAUGGGUUUAAAUGCUAUCAACGGAAUCAAAGCCCUUGCUAUGAUAUUCAUUCUAGGUGGACAUGCUUUAUCUUUCAUAUACAGUGGACCAGUGUACAAUUCAGGAUUCAUGGCUGAAAAUCUGUUGCAAGUUCAAAAUGCAGUUCUUACAAAUUCUUUACUCUUCGUUGAUAUCUUCUUAUUUCUGAGUGGUUUUCUUUUCUGCCGAAUUCUUCUCAUCGAAUUGGAAAGACGUCGUGGUAAUAUUAAUGUUGCGGUUCUUUAUGUUGGACGUUAUAUUCGUUUGACACCGUCUUAUAUGGCUGUGCUGGGUUUUUAUAUGACUUGGUUUUCUGCCAUGGGAGAUGGUCCAAUUUGGCAAUCAAAAAUCGGUUUGGAACAAGAAAGAUGUAAGGAAUCAUGGUGGUUAAAUAUUUUGUACAUAAAUAAUUACGUUGGAACUGAUAAAUUGUGUAUGUUCCAAUCUUGGUACUUGUCGGUGGAUACCCAACUCUUCUUCUUAGCUCCGAUAGGAAUUUACUUUCUUCAUAAAUCUCGAAAAUAUGCAUUCCAAUUUCUUGUUGUUGUGUUGGCAAUCUCAGUGGCAAUUCCAUUUACCAUCACUUACAUUAACAAGCUUGAUCCAACCCUCAUGGUUUACGCAGAUGAGGUACGAGAUUUCGCCAGCAACUCAUUCUAUACUGGUACCUAUAUCAAAACUCAUAUGAGAGCAGCUGAUUAUGUCCUGGGAAUUCUCGCAGGAUUUAUUGUCCAUCUUAUGCAAGAAAAGAACACAAGAAUCCCCAAACACUAUGUGAGCCUACUCUGGAUGUCCUCGAUAGUUAUUGGCUCAAUUUCAAUGUUUUCCAUAACAAGAUUCUACACAAGCCCCUUCACCGUUCUUGAAAGUUCCUUGUAUUCAGCAUUUCACAAAGUUGGCUGGGGUCUCAGUAUUGGAUGGUUGAUAAUUGCCGUCACAACUGGACAUGCAGCACAUCUUCAGAAGUUCCUCAGUAGUAGAGUCUUCGCUCCAAUCAGUCGAUUAACAUAUUGCGCUUAUUUGUGCAAUGGAAUCGUAGAGCUUUAUCAUGCAAGUGAUAUAAGAUUUCCUCAUUAUCUGAGCAGGAUUGAUAUGUUCCACAAAGCUGCAAUGCAUUCUGUAGAUACCUUUUUACUGGCUCUUAUUGUAUGUUUACUUUUCGAAUCACCUAUUCAUGCUUUGGAAAGGAUACUCUUGAAGACAUUCAACAAACCAUCUCAACCAAAGAGAAACACCUCAUCACCAAGCACAUCUGAAGAACAGAUAGCGUAGUAGUUAUAAAUUAAGAAAAAGCAAUUUGGUGAUUUUUACACAAAUUCGGGUGAUAGUUCUUUGGUCCUAUGUAUAGAUAUAAUAACUUUACGAAUAGUCUAGUAUUCAAGAUUCCCAAAAAAAGAUAACAUGAGAAACCAAGAACGGAACUUAUGAGAUUGAUUCAAAAAAUAAGGAAAUUGCUUCAAAAAACAAAAAGAUAAAAAAGAUGUUUACAUAAUUAAUAAGUUAUUGUGAUCCUUGCCUUGUUGUUGUGAGUGUGAGUCUGAAGAGUAAUUUUUCUAUAAAAUUGAAUCAAAGUUCUUAAUUAUUAUAUUUAUUUAAGAUUUAUUUUUUUGAUUAAGGUUAAGAACGAGCGAGUGAGUCAUAACUUGUUUUAUUUUAUUUUAUUUUAUUAUAUUUUUACUCAUUUUUUAAACUUUUGUAAAUACAAUAAUAGAAUUAAUAUUUUUAUAUUAAAAGUGUUAAAAGUGAA